AAACAUCGUUAGGUUUCAUUCAAUCGCCACCUCUCGGAAGGAAGAGGUAAUCCACCAAGAGUAUAUCUCACAGACCAUUAAUUGACCUUCUACGUCUCUAAAAACAUGCGAUGGUAAUAGAAUUUAGGAAGGAUGAUCCUAAGAAAAUAAUGAUUUGAAGUGUAUCAAGAACUUAUAUCUUUCUCUUAGCACACUCCUUUGUUAACGUUUUGUAUCUCAUAGAAACAUGCGAGAAUUCUUCCAGUAAUUUCAUAUACUUCUCCCUAACUUUUUGUUCUUGUCAAACAUUUGAUCCAGUUCCUUCACAAAUUCGGUAAUUUAGUCUACAUUAUUGUCAUACUAUACACUGAUAAAACUCAAUACAAAUUUACGAAGAAAUUUCACUCAUUUCUUGGUAAAUUGUCCUGAAUUUUCAUGAGUUUUUACAUAUAAUUUGCAUUUUUUUCCAUUGGUUUCUCUACAAAUACAAGAAUAUUAUAAAAAAUUAUUUAAAUCUGGUAUUUUUAGUCACAUAAUUUGUAAACUAGCUUCCGGUUCAUCCAUAACAUUUCAUACAUAUGUCUUGAAUUUCACUUCUAUACAGUAAAUUUACAGUCCGACAUGGAAUUUUACUCUCUUGUUAGUGAUAUCGCAGUAUUUCAGUAAAGUGGAGUGUGCGCAAUAGAGAAUUUCAUGAUCCUAGUAUGCUGUGCGCGCCGUAAAUUUACUAUUUAAUUUCUCUCUUUUCUCUCUUCUAAUAUUCAGUAUUAAUUCUUGUUCCUAACAUAUAUGUUUUUUAUUGCACGCAGACCUGUAAUCUUUCAUUUGUUUUACGGAUUUUUGAACAAACUGGACCAAUAAAAACAGGGUACAUGUGUAUGUACCUUAAGGUGCGUAUACACUACGGCGAACAAACGGCGAACGAACGGCGAACGCGAAUGUUCGGACGUUCGUAUUCGUAUACGUGACUCAUUCGUUAGUUCUCUUCUUUGUAUCGAACGUUCGCAUUCAAAAGCGUUCGCCACAUAUUCGAAAUUCGCUAUCAAAUCUAACCAAAUAUAAUGUAAAUAGAAAUAGCAGACAAUAUAACAAUUAUUAUUGCAAGUGCAUCGUUAAUAGUACUUGCAGGUUUGCUAAAAAAGAAAAAAAACUCGCUUUCAACCACAGAUGUAAACAGCGAUCAACAGCGAACAGCGAAACAUCAACAAAUCCCGUCCACACUGCGCACGAACUUUCGACUCGGACCGAAGGCGAAUCGAACACUACCGAUAGUUCAGUUCGCAUUCGCUGUGGUGUACACAUCUGUCUAAUUCGCUGUUCGUUCGCGCGCCGUUUGUUCGCCGUAGUGUAUACGCACCUUUAAGUGUCGAUACGUGUGCGGAUCAUAUCACAUUUGUUUUGGGUAGCGUGGAAUAAACAUACUUUGUUUUGAUUUCAGUCUACCUCAAAGUCUUCAUCUUGUACACAGAAUUUUUCUGCGAUUUCUAAAUUUUUAAAAUGGCACCAAACAAUAAGAAGGUGAAGAGAAAACGCGUGUUCUUGAGUGUGGCGCAGAAAUUAAAACUAAUCGAGAAGUUGGAACAAGGCGCCUCAGUUACGGAUGUUUGUAACAUGUAUGGCAUACACCGAAAUACUGUCUCGAAAAUCAGGAAAUCAAAGUCCAAAUUACAAAAAUUUUUUUUAACACACAAUAGUGAUAUCUCUAAAUUACAUGCUUCUACAGUAGGGAAUAAAAGACGCAUGGAAUUUAGGCCAUAUACAAAUUUAGAUACAGCUCUGUAUAAGUGGUAUAGUCAACAAAGAGCCAGUGGUAUUAAUGUACAACAGCACCAGUUGAGAUCGGAGUUUAGUGCUCUUGUAACACGUAUGAAACUCAGUCUCAAGCGUCCUGCGGACUGGCCGAGUACUUUUAAAACGAGACAUGGCAUUGUGGAUUCUUUGAUCGAGGCAUCCUGUAGUGAACUUUCAGAGUCAGAAAAGAAAAAUAGUACCGAAGACAAAGUUAUUCCAGAAGAACUUAUAAAAGUUGAGAAUUUGCCUUCUUCGUCAUCUUCGCCUCCAACUACUUCUACUCAUCGCAACAUUUCUAAAUUAAAUGCUUCAACAAUAAGGAAUGAAGAACGCUUUCAACAUUCGAAAAACGCAAAUUUAGAUAAAGCUCUCUAUAAGUAGUAUAAUCAACAAAGAUCCAGUGGUAUUAAUGUACAACAGCUCCAGUUGAGAUCGGAGUUUAAUGCUCUUCUAACACGUAUGGGACUCAGUAUCAAGGAUACUAAUAACUGGCUGCACCGUUUUAAAAAGAGACAUGGCAUUAUGAAUUCUUUGCUUCAUGCACCCUGUAGUGAACCUUCAGAGUCAGAAAGGAAAAACAGUACCGAAGACAAAGUUAUACCAGAAGAAUCUAUAAAAGUUGAGAAUUUGCCCUCUUCGUCAUCUUCACCUCCAGCUACUUCAACACCUACCAAAAAUUUCGGAGAAUCUGUAAAAGUUGAAAAUUUCUCUUCAGAAUCAUGUUCGUCUCCAACUGAUAUUUAUCACAAUUACGUUUGGUCAGAAUAUGAUAUUAAAUCUGAAGGUUUCCCAUCACCUUCAGAUGAUAAAUCCUCAGAUGACAAAUAAAGACUUGCUAUCACUAUAAAAGUUACAGCAAAACUGUCUCUCUUCGACUAUUUUCUUAAUCAACAAAGAGUAUUUAUAAUGAUAUAAUUUAACAAUUUUAUAUUGUUUAGUCCUGUGUAUCAUAUAUUGAAGCAGUUUUGUAUUAAACGCAUUAAUAAAAGAUAAAAGUGGCAUUUUAUAACAUUAUAUACAAGAAAUACAUCAAGAUGUGUUAUCAGUUUCUGACCGUUUACUUGUAUGUUAUUUCAUUACUAUGGAUUAGAUUAAUUGAAAUAGGAAAAUAUUAAAUACACAUUGCUUAAAUUCACAAGCUGAAAUAUAAAUAUUCGUGGGCUACCACUAUAUAACGCAAUACUUAUAACAAUAUAUUUUAUUUCUUUUAUUGUUCGUUAUACUUAAUUUCUCUUUUUUCUCCCUUCUAUGUUAAUUCUUAUUCCUAAUAUUGGCUCUAUUGCGUGUCGGCCCUUAAGCCUUGAUUUGUUUUAGGGAUUUUUAAAUGAAC